CUCAGGUAAUUGGUUGAUUAUUGAUAUCAAUUACCAGUAAAGGUGACACCGAUAAUUACACCUUUUUGAUUUUUGAUAUCAAUUCUAUUUAAAAGUCGAAAAAUUAACGAACCCAAACCAAUUAACGAACUUAGUUCUGGUGUAAUUGGUUGAUCAUAAUUAUUUAAAGUAUCCAAGUUUCAUUUGAAGAUCUUCACUCAAUUCAAGUUAAUAUGUUCAGUAAUUUAACUCGUUCGCAGUUGGUUAAUAUUAUCAUCGGGGUCGUUGGUAUUUUGGGAACAACGAUCGUUAUUUGUACCGUUAUUUCAACAAGAAAUACAUCACCGAGCUCUGGAAAAUCGGAUAAACUUGAAGUAUUACCUUCAGCUGGAACUGGCUGGAAACUAUUCGAGGUUGGGUCAGUGUUACCGGGCAAUGCAUUCGUUGGUGGUAGUAAUAGUGAUGGAAGGUCAAUCUAUGUGUGUCGGGUAAAUUCAACGAUAUCGGUUGAGCUUUUACCAGGAAUGUAUGAUCCAGCUCAAGGAGCUUGUCAGAUUACUUAUGGAGGAAAAGUUUAUAGCUAUGCUAAGUUUGACCUUUUAAUUACAAAUGACCCUUCGUCUCUGGUUUGGUUGAGUAAUAAGAAUGGUGAAGCUUCAUUGGGCAGUAUUGUCGGUGGACUAUCGGAUCGUAAUGAUGAACUUCAUAUAGCAAGAGCGAGGGUUUCGGAACAAGGUCAAACAAUCGGUAAGGUACAUGGACGACACGCGAAAGCUUAUGUACCCUUUGAAGGGAAAGAAACGGAAAUGAUCUCAUAUGAAGUACUUUGUAGUUUUGAUUAUACAUUAUAA